UCACGUUACAACCCGGAAGUAUUGCCCUUUUCUCUGAUUAACGUUUGAACCGACGAGAAUGAACAAUUUAUUUUCUGGAGAAACAAUAAAACGCGAUGCUGCUGACAUCGUACAGCCUCCGACAGUAAUAUUUGCGUCUUAAUCCGUGGUGCUGGAGGCGGAGGCGGUCGAGUGCGAGCAGCUACGCCCUGAUGCCAGCCACCCCGUCGGAGGAGAAAAUAUCCUCACUGUGUUUACAAGUCGGCUGAGAGGAAUUGUUUCCCCGCAGUGUGUCGUUAGCUAAUCGUGCGGCUCUGUCUGUGUGUCACUUAGCCGAAAAGAAAAAUAAGAAGAAAGAAAGAAAAGAAAAAAAACAUGGCUGAGCUUCAUGUUGUGGAGCCGAGCGGGGCUGGCACCAUAGAGCAGCCGGAGCACCGUGAUGUCCGGGGCUCGGUGCGCCUGGCUUCGCCCACUCUCAUGGUCCCUGCGCGGAGCAGCCCGCUCAGUCCCGGCGGGGUGUCCGUGUUCGGGUUCCCGGGGAAGAGCAACCCGGGCCCCCCGUCCGAGCCGGUGGAAAAGCCGGGCUCACGCUGGGUCCGGCUCAACGUCGGGGGCACCUACUUCAUCACGACCAAACAGACGUUAUGUAGGGACCCCAAAUCCUUCCUGUUCCGACUGUGUCAAGAAGACCCGGACCUGGACUCUGACAAGGAUGAAACGGGAGCCUACCUGAUCGACAGGGACCCCACAUACUUCGGGCCCAUCCUCAAUUACCUCCGGCAUGGAAAACUGAUCAUGGACAAGAAUCUGGCUGAGGAAGGAGUUUUAGAGGAAGCCGAGUUCUACAACAUCGCGUCGCUGGUGAGGAUGGUGAAAGAGAGGAUACGGGACAACGAGAACCGGACGUCUCAGGGCCCUGUGAAGCAUGUGUACCGAGUACUACAGUGCCAAGAGGAGGAACUCACGCAGAUGGUCUCAACCAUGUCGGACGGUUGGAAGUUUGAGCAGCUCAUAAGCAUCGGCUCCUCGUACAACUAUGGCAACGAAGACCAGGCAGAAUUUCUAUGCGUAGUUUCCCGGGAACUCAACAACUCCACCAACGGCAUCGUCAUCGAGCCCACCGAGAAGGCCAAAAUCCUUCAAGAGCGAGGCUCGCGGAUGUGAAGAGAUCCUGAGCUAAACAACACUUUUAUCAGCAACAUUUCAUCAGCUCCCCCUCCACUUUUCACCAACAUCAUCAUCAUCAUCACCAUCAUCAUCAUCAUCAUCAUCAUCAUCAUCGGUAGCCCGCUCCUUCUCCUCUGGUGUGCCUUUCCACAGACGGGGCUCCCCGACAUCCCCCUACUCCUUCAAUGCUGCAGCACCGCCCUGACUUGUCUUCUCAUUUCUUCUCCCGUUUAAAAGAGACGACAAGUGAGUGGUUUUCCUCAUUGCAGCUUUUUGAUGGUCAGUGACACAGCAGGCGCAGGCUAUGGUGCUGGUUGUAGCUUGGUUACGUUGUUGUUGUUGUCAGUGGACGAAACGCCCAGCACAGACCUCCUAUAGAUCCUCAUCUCCAUUUUGUUCUUCAUUGCUCUUAACAGAGGUGAUGCCUCCUCUCUCUUACGCAUUUGGCUCUGUCGAUUUAGCAGAAACCUCCUCAGGACUCUUAAAGGACAUAAAGGAAUGAAAAGGAUUUCACUGACUGAGCCUCUGUCUCUGUAUUUGAGUCGGAGUGAGCCUCGACGGACGACGUCUCCCUCCGUCUCCGCUGAUGUCCGAGGCAGGUCGUGGCACAAUAAACCGAGCCAGCGGGCGGCUUGGUGCAGAAUCACCAUCUAGAUACCGCUUAAAUCGAGUGACGGCGAACCACAAGAUUACCACUGUUUCCUAGCUCGAUUUGAUCUGUGAGAAUUUCCACAAGAAAUCAAAUGACUCAAAGAAAAAAAAAAAAGACUACGCUUGUGUACAAUUUGUCAAGGCAUGUGAGGAAUCUAUAUAAAUCUAUAUAGGCUACAUGAAGAAAUUAUAUGAAAAAUUGAAUGCAAAUGGUGUAAUUAUUGAUUUCUGUAUCAUAGUUGUCAUAUAUUUACAUAUUCUGGUGGGUGGGUCUAUUUAAACGAUAAAGAAAAUAUCAGUUUUCAUAACCAGUUUUCCCACCUUAUAACAUGGGUUUGUGUACGCAGUGCCUCUCUGCUUUCUGUCCACAACUGAAAUAUCACAGGUUUUUCAGCUGCACGUUUUCCGUCCACAAACAAACAGAAUGAAAAGAUAUUGUCAGUACGUUUUCUCUUAAAUAUCCUACUUUGAUCGAUUGCAUAUCUUAAAGUUGUAAUUCGGGACAAGGAAACCGUUUGGAAAAGUGUAGCGUGGCAGGUUGGACCUUGGCCAGUCUGUAUGCUGCCUCAAAAACCUUAAAGCAUCCUCCCCUCCUCCAACUCGUGCUGCUCUCACGCCGAUAUCUGCUCACUUUGCAGCUGCCUCUUGUCGCCGCUCUUCACCUUAACACCCAACUGACUGUGUUGUUGUUCUCACAUUCUGCAGCACUUGUAGCAACCGUGGCGCAAGCUGAACCGCACUGGUUAAAAGCCCUGAGAUAUCUGCGUCUGUGUUAUCACUGAAAUUUACAUAAUGUCAGUGAACCCAGCAGUUGGGAAUAGUCUUUAGACAGAUGUUAAGUGGCGUUUCAUUCCUGUGCCAGCAGAUAGGUACCAUCUAAGCUGAAGUAUGUUUCUUUUGAAAUAUACUUGUUGUGAUUGGCUGUUUGGAAUUGUUGCACCCAUUUCUAAAUUUACAAAAAAAAGGUAUGCAAGAGCAUUUCAUUAUUUUUUGUGCAACUAGCUACGAUUGACAGUUAUUUUGCAACUAAGUUGUUUAUCAAGCAGAAAUGACUAAUACUCUUUUAAUUUGCUUUUUACAGUUUUAAAUGAUGUUUUGGUUUGGGAUUGUUGGUUAGGCAAAAGAAAAAAACAUUUGCAGUAAGAUCUUGGGCCAAAACAAAGUGCAAAAGAAUGUUUCACACAUAUUUUAGCUUCAGCUUUUAGUUAAUUUAAUUUAAUUAAAAAUAUUUCCUUCCUUAAGUCAAAAUCCCCCAAAUAACUAGUUUAAAAGCAGAAAAUUGUCAUAUUGGGUUCCUGCUUGAUAAAUCCUCUUUUAAUUAUCUAAACACAAUCUUCAAACUACAGUCUUGUUCCUGGUGUAAAUUUGUCCGUUUCAUGCGACUAACUUAAUGCAAAGUUUGAGCCAUAUUUACACAUAUCAGAUGGAGAAUUUAAAUAUUUCACUCACAUUUCAACCACUGCUCCCAAGAGCUACGGAGUGUUUAUUACCGACACCUAUCACUGGCACUGAUCACUUUGAUAACCCCCAUCCUUUGUAUAAAGAACAUAUUUGAUGCAGUUAUACCAAGCAUGAACAAAAAGAAUGCGUUUUAAACGGGGAAAACUAUAGUACCUUUGCUGUUGUCACGCUCCAUGCUGACUGUGUCCAGUCAGCCUCAGAGCUCAAACUUUGAUGUGACUUCUUCUUUGUGGUUUGUUUUUUCCCUCUUGAGUGUGUUUUGUGCAGCUUUAUUCUACUAAUCAGAAUCGUGAGCAGACCAUGCGCUGCUGAAAACACCCAAACGUCUCACUGAGGAGCACUUUCCUUCCUCUAUUGGACCCUUGCAAAGCACCUUGGGUGUCGUUUCCCUUCGUCUGUGUCCAGUGUUGUGCCUUUGACCUGUGUUGUGCACAGUUGUACUCCCCCCUUAUCAUUAGGUGCCUCUCAUACCCUAAAAAAAAACAUUAAGGCACCUGUGCGAGGUCUAAUGCGUGCUGUGGUCUUCAGCUUGGUUUCUAUUGUUGGUGUAUCAGUAUGAGGCAAGCCAAACAAAAACAAUUAACACUUGCAUUAUUUAAAGUUUUAUUAUAUAUACUUAAGCUGCUUUCUUUGUGCCAUUGCUUUUGAACUAAAACCACCCACAAUCCUUUAAACUCCUGGAGAUUCAAGCUUAUGUCCAUAUCUACUGUGAACACUGGUGGUGGUUGUCAACAGUAGCACAACCAGCCAAACUAGGGUUUUCCUCUUCUGCUUGUAUCUUAGUAAAACUCCAGCAGUGCACUUGUUAUUAGAAAUCAAUUUGACUAUAACCAACACUUGGCAGCUUCUAUUUUCUUGAGUUGCAUGCUCAAGCUUCCUAUGAUGACCCCAUUUUUUCAUGUUUGCAAUCAAUUUUUAAAGCACUUAAUGUACCUUUGUGAACCCACUUUGAUCUAACAAUGGUCGCACAGUUCAGUGGUUCCCAACUUUUUAUCGCAUCAGCCAUGCUAGCAACCUCUGUGGAUAACGCUACACAAAGAUUUAUAGUUCCCAGAGGAUGAAUAUCAACAGUUUUGCGGCUCACCAUCACUAGCAAAUAAUUAGUCAGCAUGUUAAUGUUCUAAACUAACUCAUGUCUAAAUGUCAGCAUUCGCUCAACGCACAGCUUUAAAGAGGAACUAGUAUUGACUGUCGACUCUUAGCGACGUGACUUGAUUCCUGUCAUUCUCAACUGUAAUUUGUGUCAGCAUAGCAUGCUAGCACACUAAGCUAAAAAUGGUUAAAAAGUAAAGUUUAUUCUAAACUUUCAGCUCAACGCAAGUCUACAGACUCUUAAUGGUAGCAUGGCUGCACUUAUUAACUAUAUUAGCGCAGAGACUAGUUUGUGAUAAGUGCUACAUGUAAGCUAGUUAGCAGGCUAGAGUUAGCAUUGGGCUCAAAGCAAUGCAGAACAUAAAAUCAGACUCUUUAUGCCAGCAUGGUUGUACUAUUCUAACAGUGGGACUUUAACAACUAGUUUGUGCUUAAGGUUAAUAAAAUAAAAGUAAGCAUGCUAACAGGCAAAAAUAAGGUACUUGCCAAGGAGAUAAUUGUACUUUCUAAAUUGAAGCAUGUUCACAGGCCAGUGUUAGUAUUUAGUUUGAAGCAGCGCCGCUUAACCAAGGUUAUUUUUACUAUUAGUUGUGUGACUUGCUGUAAAUGAGAAGUUAGUUCUUUGUACUAAUAAAAAAUGGUAGCAUGCUGACAGGCUAAACUAAAAUGGUUAAAGUUGUGCCCUCUAUAUUUAAGCCAGUUAGCAAGCUAGCGUUAACAUUUGGGUCAAGGCAAUGUUGUACUUAGCAUGAUUAUACUGUAUUAGCAGUGUGAUGUUAGUUUGUGUUUAGAACUAAUGAAACAUUUGAGCAUGCUAACAUGCUAAACUAAGAUGAUUAACACGGUAAAAUGUUGCCUUCUACAGUUAGCAGGCAUGUAAUAUUAGUAUUUAACUCAAAGCAGUAAUAAUAAAUAAAACUUUUACAAAAAGUUGGAAACCACUGACCUAGCUGACAUUUGAAGUGUAAUUUAUCUAAUCUUUAACUCGAACCACUUUUAUAAAAAAAAAAUAUAUAUAUAUAACUUUUGACCAUUUUGUUUUUAAUUCAACCUGCACUAGCUAGUCUACCGAUAAUGUGCAAUGUUAACAAAUCUGCAAAAAAAAUAAAUAACUGUAUCUCUGUUGUCUGGGCACGUGAAAAUAUGGGAGCAUGCAUUGUUCUAGAGAUUAUGGUGUCGUGUACUGGAUUUUGUCUGACCUCUGUGUUAGUGCAAAGUAUAUGUAAUGCAUGGUGGGGGGAGCAGAGGGACGGCAUGGCUCUGUGGUUUGUAGGUGUAGAUUUAAUGUGUGGAACAGUUGGUCUACAACUAGACAUAUUCUCUCUUCACAUGUUUUGUUCCUUGGUUGUUUUUGUACCUUUGUCACGUCAGUUUAACUUGACAGUAGAUGACACAUAGCUAGCUUUGAAUUACACAAAUUAACCAACCAGUCAGACUACAGACCUUUCUAACCCCCAACCUUGGUUUAUAUAGCAUUUAUGUGACCUGCAGGUCAACACCCCCAAAAAAGAGAAGAAGAAGAAGAAAAAAUAUUUUUUAAUUCAUGGAUCAUUUUGCCAGUUAAUCUGUAAACACCUGCAUGCGUUUGUGGACAUGCGCACUUGUACACUCAUUUAGCUGUAUUGAAAAUGUCACCUGUUAACUUACUUUGUGUUCAUUUAUAAACAGUAUUGAUGUCAAAUGUGAAUAUUGUCAAUGGAGACUGUGGAGAAAUGUUUGGAAGCUGACGAAACAUUUUGUCUGAUUGUUUGUUUCACAUUUAUUUAUUUUAUAUUUUUUGAAUUUUGUCUACCAAUGUUGUUUCUUUACAUGUAACAAUUUUAACAAAACCCAGUCUGGUUUUUAUUCAUAAAAUGUGUCUGUGUUUUAAAA